CGGGCGGGGCGGGAGCAGCCGGGUCCGGGCCCGCCCCCGCCCCCCCCCCAAACCUCCCCACCCCCUCCCUUCCCCCCCCGCCGGGGCCGGGGCGCCGCGGCCGCGUGUCGGAGGCGGCGCGGCUCUGCGCCGCGGCGUGAGGCAGCGCCGCGCCCCCGCUGCCGGAGGAGCCGCUCCGCCGCCGGCCCCGCGCUCCCGCCCCCGGCCGCGGCGGCCCCGGCGGCAUGAUCUCCUGAGGGGCCGAGCCUGCCCGCGCCCCUCGCCCGCCCCGCCGCCCAGCAUCUUUUGCAGCUGAGGCUCUGAAAUACUGGAGGACACUGCAUCUUCCUCAGGGACACGGACAAGGGGGAGCUGGAGCCUCUGGGGAGCUCAGAAAGGACUUGUGGUCGGUGGUUGCCUGAGGAACUUACCUUCACACCAAUGUUGCUCUGAAACAAGUUGUGUCCAACAUUCAGGUUUGGUAAGAUGCCUCAGGAACAGUACGCGCACCGGAGCACCAUGCAGACCUCAGAAGGACCCCAGGUAUACAAAGUGGGGAUUUAUGGCUGGAGGAAGAGAUGCCUCUAUUUCUUUGUGCUGCUCCUAAUGAUUUUAAUCCUGGUGAACCUUGCUAUGACCAUCUGGAUUCUGAAGGUUAUGAACUUCACAAUUGAUGGAAUGGGGAACCUGAGAAUCACGGAAAAGGGUCUAAAGCUCGAAGGAGAUUCAGAAUUCUUGAAACCUCUCUACGCCAAAGAAAUCCGGUCAAGACCAGGCAACCCACUGUACUUCCAGUCUGCCAGAAAUGUGACAGUGAACAUCCUCAAUGAGAAGACUAAAGUCCUUACUCGCCUUGUAACAGGUCCCCAAGCAGUGGAAGCACACAGCCAAAAAUUUGAGGUGAAAACCCUCUCUGGAAAAUUGCUGUUUUCUGCAGAUGACAACGAAGUGGUGGUUGGAGCAGAGAGACUGAGAGUUUUAGGAGCAGAAGGCACAGUGUUCCCUAAAUCUAUAGAAACUCCCAAUGUCAGGGCAGACCCCUUCAAGGAACUAAGACUGGAGUCGCCUACGCGUGCGCUGGUGAUGGAGGCUCCAAAAGGCAUCGAGAUCAACGCCGAGGCCGGCAGCUUGAAAGCCACGUGCAGGACAGAGCUCAGGCUGGAAUCCAAAGAUGGAGAGAUAACAUUGAAUUCUGCAAAAAUCAAACUACCUAACUUGCCUCAAGGAUCUUCCUCAUCUGCAGGGUCCAGGCAAAAAAUCUACGAGCUCUGUGUGUGUCCCAAUGGGAGGUUAUUUCUGUCUCAGGCAGGCACCAGCUCGACCUGCCAGAUAAAUACAAACGUCUGCCUUUGAGAGACAAUUUGCAGUGGGGCAUCGCAGGCAGCACAAAAGCCAGUUCUGGUCUCACAGAUUGCAGCUGCCAACUAUUUUUACUAGAACACAGAAAGCCUAUCAAAGACUUUUUUUGUGUGUGCGCGCGCGUGUGUGUGAAUAUAUAUAUAAAAAUAUAUAUAUAAAAUAUAUAUAUAUCCUCUGUGUAAAAUGAUGUUUCAGUACAAGGAAUCCCAGGGUGACCCUGUUACAUUUGUGUAGUAUUUCUCUUUCCCACACCAAAAUUUACUGUUACAAUCUGCUGAAUUGGACUUGAUGCUCCCCUGGACCCUUCCGUAUUAAUAUAGUCUAAUGAUCACCCCUCGUUUUUGAUCAUGUUCUCAGAGCAAUGGGAUUGCUGGCUGGGCAAGACCCUGGAACUGAUGUAGACCCACGGAAGAAAAGCAUCUCUGAUUAUUUUUGCACCAUUAAAUCAGUGGCAUGAAAAAAAGCCCAAAACAAUAAAAUAGCCAGAUAUGCUGUACUGAUCACCUAGAGUGAUCCAAGAUAUCUGAGGUUAAAUUACACUCUUCAAUUUUCACCUGAAGCAUGGCUCCCUGUUGGGAGACAUGGAUUGCACUUGGCCAGGAUAAAAGUCCAGAUCUUGCUGGAAUAAUCAUGUACUUUUCUGAAGGGGUUUGAGAUUUGCCUGUGCAUGGCCAAGGAUGCUUUGUGCUAUUCAGAUGUGAUGCAUCAGCUCUAACCCUAACCUAAAGUCAUCUCUGUGCUAAGAAAACUGGCAUUGCAUUUAGUUCUUGGAAGGAAAAAAAUCCUUGGACUAAAUAGAAAAAUCCUGAGCCUCCUUAGUUAACAGGUGUCCUGGAUCACUCUCCAUUAGCGCCUUUAAUUUUGAAAAGAUUUAAGAUACCAUGUGCAGGUGUGAAGAUUUCAGAUUUGGACAUUACCUAUCAAUACCUAUAGAAAUGGAGAAAAUUACCCAUUCUACCCAUAGAUACAGAGAAAUCCAUACAAAUUAGAUGUGUAUUGUCAAUGCUAUGCCAGAAUUUUUGUCAUCUUUCUUUUCAGGAUAUACAGUCCAAGGCCACGUAGAUUUGGUGGACACUGCAAAUAUCAGAGAUGCUGACAAUGAAACAGACUUUUUUAAGCAUUUAUAAAGAUUGUGACAAAGCCAAAUUACUGGAAAGCAAGGGCUUUGGGUGCUGGUUCCUCUAGAAUUUGAGCCCCAAAAACUCUGUGGUUGAAUCUCUUCAUGGGUGCAUUUUUCUUUAUUUAAGUCCAGGAGUCACAGGCAGGAUAAAAUGUGAAAUCUGAUCUGGUAACAUUACUUCCACAGUUUGAGUUUUGAAAAAAAAAAAUGAGAAGAGCCCAGGUCAUUGAAUUCUGACCCAUAAUUGCAUCCACAUGAAUGUAAAAAUCCUUGAAAAACAAAUGUACUAAUUACUGCAAAAGUGUCCAAGUCGCAGUAAAUCUCACGAGGACAGCAAGGUUUCUAAGCCACUGAGAUGCUUUUGAAAAUAUUACCUCAUUUGCAAAUAUGACAGAUCUGUGCCCAUCCCUAGUGAUAUCUAAGCAAAGCUGGUAUUCUUCAAGCGAUCUUCAAGAAAAAAUGUACCUGUCAGAAAUAUUUAGAAAUAAUUUAGCCCAUUCCUUUUUUACAGAUUUCCACGUAUUUUCUUGUGGUCUGGAGAGUACCAGGGUUUGAUUUUUUUUUAUUUUUUUU